GCCCUCCAGUGGCUUUGCACCCACGGGGACGCAAAGAUCACCAGCCACCCGGCCGUCUGCUUGGCUGCUGACACAGUUUGGUUUCGCUUCGCCGUCUUCUACUUCAUUCUGGGACGGUUCUACUUCCUGCUCACGGCCUUGGUCUUUGCCACCAGCCAAGCCUUUCUCUUUCAUCACGAUUAUAAGGAGACCUUCGAGGAGAAUAUCGCCACGCUCUGCUGCCGCGUCUUUAUCUAUCUGGGCUGCUUACCAUCGAUGAUGUUCAGCCUCACCAGGAAGCUGUACGGCGACUUCAAGCAGGGAUCCAUCACACAUUUCUGUGGAAGAUGCUUCCCGAUACCUGACAGCUUGAAGAGCUUUCAGGUGGUCGGUCAGCUUGGUCUGAUGUGGACCUUCGUUUUCAUGUUUGCCCUGGAGCCCAUUACUUACUGUGUCAACUCCCGUGCGGCCUCGAACUAUGAGCUGUUCUCGGUGCUUUGUCCCGAGGGACAACAGAUCAUGGACGUCUACUCCAUCCUGAGCUCCAUUGCUCUGCUGAUAUACUGGUUCCUCCUUACCGAUUUCAGCCUCUUGUCCAUGCGCGUGUCGGCCUUCUUGCUGGUUUGCUUCUACCUGAUCUCCGAGGUGGUUCUCUUCGUCCUGGCUUUGACCUUUCUGAUCUUGGCCUUCUCCACUGCCAUCUCAGCAUUGAACCACCACAUUGAAGACUUCGAGACCGUUCCCGCUUGGAUGCGCGCUCUCCUUCAGAUUUCUUUGGGUAUGUUCCCGAAUACGCAUUACGACGACUUCCAGGUGGAGGUAACUGUGCUGGUGGCCAUCUCCGUGUUUGUCGCUUUAGUCUUCAUCUUCUUGGUGAAUCUGUUGAUAGCGCAGCUCAACCAGGCAUACCAUAACAUGUUUGAAGACAUCUACGGCAACGCGCGCCUCACCCGAGCUGCUGUUAUCGUCCAGGUCAUGGCCCAGGUGCCACGAAAGCGCUGGCAGAACUUCCUUAACAACCUCGCUUUCGAUCAGCCGCUAGAGUUCAACGAAGGUGACGUGGGAAUUGCUGGAGGCAUUCAAAUUCUGGAGCCUGCGAGCGCAAAAAUCGUCACCUCGGACGCUGUGAAGCGUUACGGCGGCUCGACAGCUCCGACAAUGCCUUGGCCAGUUGAGGAGACAGCCAACCUCACCGAUGAGGCCGGAGGUUUGGCAGCCGUUGACAGGAAGUGGCUACUGUCGAGUUUCUUUUCCAAGGAUUGCGAAGGGGCAAAGAUCGUCGAAGAGGAGGCUCCGCUGCUGGAUCAAAGGCAAAGAGCGGGCAUGUCUGUGGGUGCCGGUGUAUUAGUCAAUUUGGAAGUUUGGCAACGCGUGAUUGGGGUCGGUGUAAAAUCGGAUACCCGCCGAGCUGGGCAGGGUCUUCUGCGAACUCAGUGGCAGUUGGUCCAGAUGUCAGACGUGCACGCAAGCUUUCUGAACGCUGCAGACGAAGCUGCUGAUUCAAACGCAGCCUCCAUGACCGUGGAGGAGGAAGGCAAGGAAGUGCUGGAGGAGGCCCGUGCUGCUGAAACAGUGGCGAAACGUGCCGUACGCUUCGCUUGGGGAGCGGUCUUCAUUUGCGGCAUCGGCGUGAGCAUUGAUAUCAUCGGGGCGAGCUUGGACUACCGGGCGACUUCUCGAGCCAAGGAGGACCUGGACGAGGAGGAAGCCGAUCUGGAGGCACGCCACGGGUUGGCCACGCUGGCUCCACCAAACGGAGAUUUGGAGCCCAGCCAGCUGUCGCAGCUCGACAGCGCGGCUCCAUGGGUGCUGAGCCCCAGUCGGCGCGCCACUGGCAUGGGCCCGGGUGCGUCCCCACAAGAACGCCUGGCGCAGACGGCCUUGACCAGCUCCUAUCCAAAGCUGGAAGGUCUGCAGCCUGAGCCGGCCCCUUCCCUGACUGGCAGUGUCCAGCAGGUUCCCUACCAGACGCUGCUGGCCGGGCAAAGCCCCAGGCCGUACUACAGCUACACGGCACCGCCUCCAGCACCGCCGGCAAUGCUCGCCAGGGGCCAGCCGUCUGCUUACGUGCAGCCCUGUUCCACUAGCUAUCGGUACGCGCCCAGCGUGCCGAGCAGUUACCGGGAAGCGACUUCGAAUCUCGGCAGCUUCAAUGUGCCAGCGACGCCGGCAGAAGUCGCCGGCGCUCCCGUGCGCUACUCCCUGCCCGCUGCCGCUGCCUCCAGCCCGACGCGACAUCCAGGGCCUCCCACCGAGCCGGUUCAGCUUCCGGUCCCGCUGCAGCCGGCCGCCGUGCAGUCGGGCGAAGUGCAAUCGACGGUAGUUCCCGAUCUGGCAGGGCGACUCCGGUCUGAGCUGCCUCGCGCGGCAUUGCCUGCCAGCCAGGUGCUCACAACCGGACAAAACGGGCUGCCUGCAGUCUCAGCGGCGAGAGCACCCAUCAGUUUGCCGGGUGUUGUGCAGAACAAGCUGGCGGCCUCGCUGGCGACCUCUCAGCUUGUGGCUACAGAGUCUUCCAGCUUGGAGCGCGUAGAGAAGCCGGCUGUAGAGGUUCUCUCGCCGGCGAAGGUUCUCUCGCCAGCACACGGACUGCUGCGAACCGACCUUGGGAUUCAACUUGGUGGCGAUCUGCCAAAGGGGCUGACAUCGCCAGAGGCUAAAGCGGUGCCGAGCUACGCAGCGUCCAACGGUAGCUCCUCCACCGCGCGCUCGCUUGGCAGCCCCGGAAGGCUUCGCAGCAAGCUGCCUCCGGCGGAUGAAGGUGGCUCUCACGCGGCCGGGCUUUCGAAGCGCCUCUCCGCCGGAGCCGACGAUGUGGUCAACACCCGGGAUCGCUACAGGGGCGAGCCCAAGGCGAAGCUCGACGGUUUCUUCGACUGCUUGUCCUGCUUCUCAGGUUUGUUCCAGAGGAAGAAGGAGGAGAUGGAGCCCGUGGAUGUCAUCCUGGUGGGAGGUGGCAUUAUGAGUGCAACCACUGGCCUGCUCUUGAAGCAGCUGGAGCCAAGCUGGCGCAUUGUGAUGAUCGAAAGGCUGGAUGCUGUUGCUCAGGAGAGCUCGAAUGCCUGGAACAAUGCUGGGACCGGUCACUCUGCUCUGUGCGAGCCAAACUACACUCCACAGGCUGGCAAGCAUGUGGACAUUCACAAGGCUGUCACUGUCAAUGAGAACUUUCAGCUCAGCCGCCAGUACUGGGCCUACUUGGCCAAGACUGGCUUGCUGCCUCAGCCGGAGCGAUUCAUCCACACCACGCCCCACAUGACCUUUGCACGCGGCGAGGACCAGAUCUCUUGGCUGAAGAAGCGUUUUGAUGCGCUGAAAAGCCACACCCUCUUCGAAGGUAUGGAGUACUCAGAGGACAGGAAGACGAUGGAAGAGUGGGCACCCCUCAUGAUGGCGGGCCGCAAAGAGACAGAGAGGUGUGCGCUCUCGCGGGUGCCCUACGGCACCGAUGUCGAUUUCGGCGAGCUCACGAAGGAGCUCACGAAAGCCUUCCUGGCGCUGGGGGGCGAAGUCCAGCUCAGAACGACUGUGUCGGAUCUUCAUAAGGAUGAGACUGCUCUCUACGACGAAUCCUGGAUCGUCAGCACGAGGCAGGAGCGUCAGUGCUUCCACCCCGAGAGCUGA